AUCCUUUGUCAUGGGAAGACUUUUACUGUGCUGUUACAUACAGAGACAGAGAGGACUUCAGCUUCAGCAGUAACAGAAACAAUCAGGCGCAAGUAUGUGAAUGGGACAGACAAAAAAGGUAACAAAACACAUAGGGCCCAGCUCAACCCUGCAUCCUCAGACUGAGUCAGAGAAAGGAGAUGACCAGCAUGCUUCCUCAAAGGAGUGCUGUCGCCACAAUGGGCUACAGCUCGGACUGUGUGAAGAUUGAGCACAGCAGCAGUGGCUCAGUGGGUGGGACGUUGCUGAGGGGCUCUCGCUCAAAGGCAGAGCUACAGGAUCUGAUGGAGACACUGCAGCGCAGGAAGAGUGCUCUGGAGGCCAGCUUGAGGGCAGCUGAGUGCAACCGCAAGUACCUCAGCGUGCCUGGUGGAUCCCAGUCCGCCAGGCCACUGUCAAUCCUCAGCAAUACUGAACGGCCUCCGUCUGCCUCAAGAACUUUCUCCUACAUGACCAGCAGCAGUGUGCCUCCAUCACCUCGCCAAGGUGAACGCCAACUGAGCCCUAACGUCUUGCUUCGCCAUUCCCACUCUCGCCACCAGUCACAAGACAGUCUGCUCCUCUCUAACGCAGCAGAUGGAAGCUCUCUGCUCUCGUCCUAUGGGCAGGCCCAACCUCGUUCUCCCAGGGUCAAAAGUGGAGCAGCCAGUGUGCCAUCCAGCCCUCGCAUGGGCCGCAGACUUUACUCUCAGGGCAGAGCUGGAGCAGACUCCCGGCAGAGGAAAUACUCCACUGGCUCCCUCACCAGCCUGGGCAUGCACAGCCGUUCUCUGCCACGACUUCACAACACAGCAGACCCCCCUGCUCUGUCGCUUCCAUCACGCCACUCAGUGGGUUCCCACAGAGGAGUGGGUUCAGCAGGGCAGCGGCGCAGUCUCUCCUCCCUGGAGCAGCCACCAGAUGUGACAGUACCAGCCAGCAUGCCCAGCACUCCCAGGAGGGCCAGCCUGGCAUCUCUGAGCUCUCUGGGUGUAGACAUGGACGGGACGGGUUUAGAUCUGGACUUCGGAGAGAGGAGGUUGUCCUUUGGGAAGGGUGGGCUGAAUCCAGGACAGAGGGUGGGCAGCAUCAGCUCUUUGAAUGGCAAAGAGGAGCUGAGAGACUAUCACCAGCACCAGAGAGAUGAACGGCUCAGGGAGCAGAAAGUGCAGAGAUUGGAGUGCCAACGUCUAGAGACCAUCUUAAACCUGUGCACUGAGUUUGGCCAUGUGGAGAGAGAGCCGACGGGCUCAGCUGUUUCUGACCUGCAGAAGAUCAAUAAAGAACUGGAGAAGCUGCAGGUGUCGGAUGAUGAGUCAGUGUUCUCCGACUCUCCCGGCAGCACUGCUCAAGAUAGCUGCUUUGGGGCAAAAGCCAGAGACUUCCAGCUGGCUGAGGAGCAGCAGGUCAGCCAGCGUCAGCAGAGCGGCUACAGAGAGGCCAGGUCCCACUCACCUGCUAUCAGCCUGAACAGCAGUGCCCCCUCACCCUCCACUCACCACAGAACCAAAGCUUUGGAGAGCGUGCAGCUGAAACAGGAAGUAACACAUAUAGAGGAAGAGAGGAUUCAAGUGCUGAACAACAUAGAAGAGCUGGAGCAGAAGAUCAAAGACCUGGACAACCAGAUGGAGGAGUCUGUCCGAGAGAUGGAGGUGGAGUGUGCUCUGCUGGAGGGGGAACAGGAGUCGGAGGUGGCCCAGCUGCAGAGGGAAAAGGAGCUUCUGGACCAACUUAAGGAGAAGAUACAUAGUACAGAGAAGAAGAGCCACACUGAAAAGACGCAGGAAACUGAGGAGCAGACAAAAAGUUUGGAGGAUUUGGAGUUUCAGAAGCUGGAGAGAGAAAUUAAUCAGGAUGAGGAAACAGAGAAUCAGAGCCAGGAGCUGCUACGGGAGAUCGCAGAGUGUCAGCGUCUUACUGUCACAAGAAAGGAACGACUCAUGACACUGAAGAAACAGUCCUCACAGAUUACAUUACAGGCUCAGCAAGAAAGAGAGAGUUUCCAGAGGGAGAAAAACACUUUGCUCGUCAUGCUUCAGAAGGAGCGAGAGAAACUGGCAUCUUUGGAAGGAAAGUAUGCAGAGUUGUCUGCGGGGCAGACCUUCACAAACAACCCUGCAGCCAUCACAGAGCACUUGCACUCUCUCAAAGAAAGGAGAAGAAGCAGUAAGGAAAACUCUUCCCACCCCAGUGACAGCCUACCUCAUAAGAGGAGCCUGCAGGUCCUCACCUCUUAUGGCAGAUCCCUGGGACGCAUGCUUCCUCCCAAGUCCCACCUGCCUCUGUCCCAAAGCUCCAGCUGUGGCAGCGUCAUCCCACAAAGCUUCAGCUUCUCCCCUCGGGACCUGAGCACCCGCCGCCUGCCCAAGACAAGCAACAGCCAUGCACAAAUGAAUGAAGACAGGCAGAGAAGAAGUGAUUUUUGCAGCAGGAUGGUGUCUGAGCCCAACGUGUUCUUGGACUCCUUCACCUACCCGGACAACAGCCAGGCCUCGGAUACCGUCAGUGUGGACAGCUCUGACAGCCUGGAGACCAGCUUCUCCGCCUGCUCCCCAGACAACAUCUCCAGUGCCAGUAUGUCCAAUAUGGCAAAGAUCGAGGAGAUGGAGCGUUUACUCAGAGAGGCCCAGGCAGAGAAGCAGAGGCUCCUUGAGCAUCGGGAGCGUGAGAUGCAGAUGCGCAGGCAGGCUCUGGAGGAGGAGCGAAGAAGAAGGGAGGAAUUGGAGAAACGACUGCAGGAGGAAACAAGCAGGAGACAGAAACUUGUAGAGAGAGAGGUGAAGCUCAGGGAGAAACAAAGAUCACAGUCCCGGCUGUUGACUCGCUACCUCCCAGUAAGGAAAGAUGACUUUGAUCUUCAUGGCCAUAUUGAGGCAGCUGGACACAACCCAGAUGCCUGCUUCCAUCUGGCCAUCACUGAUAAAACCUGUCGAGGUUUCCUGGUCAAGAUGGGCGGCAAGAUCAAGACCUGGAAGAAACGCUGGUUUGUCUUCGACCAGAAUCGCAGGACACUCACCUACUACGCAGACAAGCAUGAGACCAAGAUGAAAGGAGUCAUUUACUUCCAAGCCAUAGAGGAGGUGUACUAUGACCAUCUAAAGAAUGCACACAAAAGCCCCAACCCCUCGCUGACCUUCAGUGUGAAGACCCAUGAUCGGGUGUACUACAUGGUGGCUCCAACGCCUGAAGCCAUGCGUAUCUGGAUGGAUGUCAUGGUUACGGGUGCCGAAGGACACAUGCAUUUCAUGGUGUAGCUGAUCCCCAGAGAUCAGGGUCCGCGCCUCAAAACUUCUUUGGUGAACAAUGUGUCACGUGAGAAGAUUUACAGCACUCGUAUCAGCACAACAGCGUUGUGUAGAGCAGAGAUGGAUGUUCAUCAGGUCAACAAAAAAUAUACUUCAGUUUACACUUAGCCUACAAGGACAACUCAUGCUCAAAAGCUCACUUUGUAAUGUAACCAUAACAGAUAAAGAUAAUUGAUAUACAUGUUUUAUAAUUAAGCUAUUUAGUUUCAUUUUAUUUGUUAAUGUACCAUGAGUUACAUUGUCCAACUUUCUCUUUCCAUAUACAAAAAUCUCUGCUUGUCUCAUACAUUCCCUGUCAUGUUUGGCUUUUCUUCAGUCAAAACAUCAGGGAUGAGGGAAGCUUCUAAAUGAUCAGGAACAUCCGCUAAACUUCUAAAAUACGGUACCCACUGAUGCUGCUUCUCUACAACAGAUAUAGAAUAUCUGUCUAACAUAUUUCUAUAAAUGUAAUGUACAUAACUAACAUGUUCAAACCAGAGUUUAAGUUGUAGGUCCACCUCAGUUUAUUCUUCUUGUUCUUGUUCUUCUUCUUCUUCUUCUUCUUCCAUUUCAUCUACUUUUAUAACUUAGUCAGACUAAAAUUUAUUUCCUUAAAACAUCAGGCUGUAUCAGUGGGUCACAACUUGAUCUUUUCCCUGUUAAGAUCAUCCCCGCCGUAUUUAUGGUUGCAAGAAUGCACAAUUUCUUUGUUAUUUCUAUAGUGUCACUAAUACUCAAAUGAAAUUAGUGUGAAUAUUAUCUUAACUCAAGCAUAUUGAUUGCUGCUUCCAGACUACCAGCAUAAGCUGAUCUUGUCCGCUUAUUUAAAGCUGGGCUGAAUGUCCGCUCUCGCUUAUAUUCCUUCCACUGGGCUUUUCUUUGCAUAUGCAAAUGUCAUCCAUGAAGGAGAGAUGAUUGAAGGCACCUUUUACAUAUUACUGUUAUGAUUUAUUUGUAUUUUCUGGCAGAUAUUCUACUCAUAAAAGUUGAAAAUUUGCCCAGAUCACAAUGGUACUGUGUUUCAAGCCUACCACUGUGCAUAUAGUAGAGGCUACAGGCCUGAGAUGAUGAGGCCAUGUUGUGCAGCAGAGAUUGCUAUAUGUACUGCGUCACCCACAUGUUACUCAGCAUUUCAUUAUGUGUUUUCACCAGCAGAGGCCCUCAGUUUGGAGUUAUUGCACUGAAAUGAUGUAAUGCUCUGGAUGCUCUGGCUGGUCGUCCAUGUUCACUUCAGUAAAUGAGGGGUUACUAUAAGAAUGGAGGGUCAAUAAUCCAUUAUAUUUUGUAAUGCUUACACAUAUAUGUAAGUAUGUGCAUUUAUAAGCACAUGUAUAUCAAGCUAAAAAUUUGCUUUUUGGAAGCAAAACAGAUUCCACCAUGUUUAGGCUUUUCAAUAAAAAAUAUUAUUAUAAUUUAGUUUAAAUGUUUUGUAAAUCCAUACAUUUGAUAUGUUUAUUCAUUUUUUAUUUGCAACUGUCUGACUGUAUUUCACAAUGAAAGAUCACUAACUGUUUAAAAACUAAAGAGGGCAGAUCAGGUAUCAGGCUACAUAGCUGACAUGCAGGUGACAUGCAUGUGUUGCAGAUGAGUUGUUGCCUUUCCUGGAUGCUUCACAGCUCACAGAAGUAUCCGUCAUGACAACAACUCAUCCACAAACUGUCGACCACUGUAUGAAACUCAAGCCUUAAAACCAAACAAAUUACCGAAUUCUAUAAAUUUUAUUACAUUUAAUAUUUUCUGUAUGACCAAUGGUAAUUUUUGUCAACGCCAUUCUUCAAUAUGCAUAAGAAUAAAUAAUUCUGAUUAUGGAGCAUA